CACGCCUGCGCAGUGCGCACCAGUCGGGGCUAAAAUGGACCUGCUGAACGUCAGUGCUCCGCUGUCAGUGGAGUCUGGCGCUCAAAAUAACAUUGGUAAUGCCCUUUUAGCGACUCCUACCACAGAACCUGAUAAAGUAAUAAACAUUAAAACUGAUAGUACCCAGAUCGGAGUUAAUGUGAGUGAUGAAGAACUCCUCAAAGGUCUCCUCACUGAUCAACACUGCCAUAUAUGUGAAGCUGUGCUGUUGUUUGAGGCUCAGCGGCUGUCACAUUAUGAGGGGAAAAAACAUGCCAUGAAGUUGAAACAGUACUUGCACAACAAGCGGAAUGAAAUGAGACAAACAGAGUCUGCAGGACUACUGUACCGCAUGCCGAACGAUAAAGGUCGUUUCUGUGAGCUGUGCAACAUGGUAUUUACUUCUCCCGUGGUAGCAAAGUCACAUUACAAAGGCAAAGUCCACAUGAAGAAUCUCAGGAAACAAAAUCUUCAAAAGACAGUGAACAACAUAGACGGCAGUAUUUUAGCCAGCCCUGUUUCGGACCGUGCUAUACAAGACCGCACGUCAGGAUCAGAGGCCGGUACAGACCCGACAUCUAAUCCAAAUGCCGCCAGUUCAGACGCAAACGAGCACUGUGUCUUGUGUGCGGCCUCCUUCAACAAUCCCCAAACGGCGCUGCAACACUACAACGGCCGCAAGCACCAAAGGAAGAAGGCCAGACUGGAGAUGUUCAAAGACCUUGAAGAUGCUCAAGAAGAAAACCCACUCACGUGCGCCAUCUGUAAUUUGCAAUUGAACUCAGUUGAGAUGUACCAAGCCCAUAUGCAGGGGAACAAACACCAUGCUAGGAAGAGGAAGGUAUCCAAACUAUGCAAAAGCCGACAGAAAUCCUACAGCACGUUUACCGACGAACUUGCACACUACAUCGAAGUGCAGAAAGCCCGCGGACUCGCACCCAAGAUUGGCACCAUUCCACCUCAGGAUGAAGAGCAGAAUGAAGGCGAUCAAGUAGAAGCAGUAGCGGGUUUAGAAAUGGGGCACAUGACCCAGAAAAAACAGACUUCUCCCAUGUAUGACCCCCAUUCACAUUAUCGUGCCCCUCACUCCAGUGUUGAAGUUUUCCAACCUCCGUUUAUGGGCCUUCCCUGGCCAUCCAGUGGUUGGGACUGCAAUCGUGCUCCGUCUUUCCCACAUUCAAGGCCUUUGUUGGACUCCGAUGCUCGACCUCUGAAGAGACGAAAAAAGUGCUCGAGCUCCUCCUCGUAUUCUACCUCAUCAUCUUCCUCCUCGUCAUAUUCGUCUUUCACGAGCAGUGGAGCGAGUGAUAGUGAUGAAGAUGAUCGCAGGCAAAGAGAGAGGCGCAGGACCAAAAGAUCUCGAAGGGAAAGAGGAAGACGAUCAACAGCUGCGAGCUCAGACAAGAUGAGGCAUAGGCAUCAAAAGCGAGCACAUGAUGAUCACUCGGAAGAGAGGAUGAGGGAUGAUCAUGGAGAAUCAGGGGGAGAGAGAAGAAAGAAGCACAAAUGCCACAGCAAGCAGAGACGGCAAGAAAAGCAACAAGUGGCAGAAGCAGAUGGGAUCAAGGAUGACAUAGCGCCAACGGUCGUGACUGAAACUAGAGAAGAGAUAGAAGCCAAUGUUGGACAGCAGCAGAGUGACAGACAGGAAGACCAUGCCAAUGUGAAAUCGAGAAAAGACAAGAAGAGAACAAAAAGCAUCCCGGACAAUAGGACUGAGGAAGAAAAGUUGUGGGAUGAUUCCAUUCUUGGCUGUUGAAUACAGACAUUUAUUUAAAAUGACGGUUUCUAGUAGUUUUCAAGACAAUUGAAAAGACUUGUCAAAGCCACUUUGCUUUUAAUCCCUUCAACAGCCUGUGGUGGGCGCUUUUGGGUCAUUGAGGGCCCUUGUGGAACCUUUAGUCAUUUCAUCUCAUGAAGCCUUGUGGGCUAGCUUCCAGAGAUGCCGCUCGGGUAACAUUGUGAACGAGCUCAAAUAUGGCUCACAACCGAAUAGCUAUUUUUAAAAUCAAUAUAAGUGGUAGCUAGUUGCUUGCCCUUGAGCAAGAGAUCGUCCCCACCCUCCCUGCUCAAGUGUUGCGGUGCAUCACUCACUCUGAAUCUUUGCUCGCUUUUAUGUGAGGCCUGCAACACAUCAGAUACAGCAGAGUUGGAUUCCCCCUUGAUAAUAUUUUAAUGACUAAAAUAAAUUAUAUUAGCUUA